AUGGGCAAGAGACCGCUCACAAGAUCGACUUCGGCUACUUCCUCUCCCAGUGCAUCAUGUCCCGGUGGUCGCCAGAAACCCGGUCCUCCGCCCAAAAGAAGCUUCAUUCCAUCCACGGGCGACCCGGUUGAUCACGGCCGAAACGCGGCAAGCGAUUCGAGAGAAGAUAAUAUAUAUUUCGGAGAUAUUCUACUGGAUGACGGUGCGCAGGAUGCCGGGUAUGAGGCUGACGUGGAAAUCGUCAGACCUUAUGCGAUCGAGGAGCCCGAUGAAGAGACGGACCAAACUCCAACAUCAGUUGCUACGCCGAAACUGUUGGAUUCAACUGAGCAAUGGCAGAAGGAAUUACUGAACUCACUACGGGGUCUUUACUGCGACUCGGAUAGCACCGAUACACCACCACUUACUCGACACAAACGAGGCAGGAAGAGAAAGCCGGGUACUUCGACGACUUCAUAUCAGGAUUUUCAAAGCUCUCAGCAGACCGUAAAGGACCGGGGUGCUGAUGUUGAAAUGGGAGGUGGGGUUGGCCUCCUAAGUCCCAAAAGGCGUCGGCGAAAGAGUACGAGGUCUGGAGAAGACAUUAAUGUCUCUCACGGCAGCCUUCUGGCCAGCGAGUAUGCAAGCACGGCCUCCAGUCCGGUGAAUUUGUCUACAGGCACUCACGAAAAUGAGAAACCCCCUUUACUGAGACGUGAGCUGUCGGCAAAGGAUAGAAUGGAUAUUGAUUGA